AUGGUCCACUCCGUACAGGAUGUUGAUCGCUCUCUUCUUCAUCUUACUUUAGAUGGUGACUCGGUACUUAACGGAAAGCUAAAAUGUCCUAAGAGGAAGUCGGGGGGAGGCGAAAUAGCGAGAGAUAUACAAUCUGCAGAAUGUUAUCCUAAGCAAAGUUUGCUAAAUCCGUCAAAUUGUGAACCCAAAAUUACAGAAGAUAUGAAUGCUGAUGAAAUGAGUGCUGAGCUUGUGUGUAAGCAGACGGACCCACCAUCCAUACCUAUUUGCAAACUUUACCCUAAUCGCAGUUAUCCUAUUGGAGAAUGCUUUGAGUAUCUGAACUGCGCUGAUGGCAAAAUGUCCAACAAUCGAAUGACUUCGGUGGAGUGUCGUGCAUUAGAUGAUGCAUGUCUCGAAACCUGGCAAGACUUUCGCGAAGCUGCAGAGGUUCAUCGACAGGUCAGGCGUUAUGUUAAAAAUUGGAUCAAACCUGGAAUGACCAUGAUUCGAAUUGUCGAAGAGUUUGAAAAUACCAGUCGAGCAUUGAUUCUAGAACGAGGUCUUCAAGCUGGUCUUGCUUUUCCUGUUGGUUGCUCACUCAAUCAUUGCGCUGCCCACUAUACUCCUAACGCGGGCGAUGAAACUAUCCUCAAAUAUAGUGAUGUGUGCAAGAUUGACUUCGGAAUCCAUGUGAAUGGACACAUAAUUGACUGUGCGUUCACGCUUACGUUUGAUCCGGUCUAUGAUAAACUGCUCGAAGCCGUAAAAGCAGCUACUAAUGCCGGAAUAAAGGCUAUCCAAUACCUCGCGCCACUUGGCGCUGUUAUUAAUUCCCCAAAUUUAAACUUUGUUACUUAA